CCCUCCUGCCUUAUUAUCCUCAGACUCAGAGCAGCGCUCCGUCCUCGCCAAGUGAUGCUCCUCGGCGGCGCACAUCGGUGGGUAGUCGCCGCCCGCUGCAGGGAACCGCGCUCCGGCUUGUUUUUCUCAUGUGGAACCGCGCACUGAAGGACGGCGGAACAUGGGAAUUUAACUGGGCUUUUGAGAGAGAGUGAGUCGGAGGAGAGCAGGAAGACGAAGAAGCACCAAGUCCCAUCCGAGAGAGGUGGAGGAGGAGGAGGAAGGGAUGCGUAGUACUCGAGGUGUCUCCGUUUGGCCUGUGGGGUUCGUAGGAGGGAGAGCGUAUGAGCGGCCCCUGGUGUCCGGGGGUAAAGUUGUGGGCUGGUACACCGGCUGGAGACCGGACCGACCCUUCGCCACCGAUAUGGCAGGUUUUGCGGUGAACCUCCAGGUGAUCCUGGCGAACCCGCGGGCGCAGUUCAAGCGGCGCGGCUCCCAGCCGGGGAUGCAGGAAUCUGACUUCCUCAAGCAGAUCACCAAGGUCACCGAGCUGGAGCCCAAGGCCAACAACUGCACCCGGGUGCUGGUUUGGCACACUCGCACAGAGAAACCGCAUCUUGCAAAUGAGCCCAAACAUCGGAAGGACACUGUGGUCAUCGAGGUGUGAGGGGAUGAGCUGAGCAGCGGAUCCAGAAGCUGACUGUGGCUGGCCAUCAUCUCUUGGCUGGGACUAACGAUAGCACUCUCUCCUUAUCGGGCAAAUACAAUCUGUUCACGAAGGACACAGACUCUGAGGAGCUGCAUGAUUCAAGACAUCUGGCUGUCUGUCAAACUCUGAGAACUGGACAGCACCAAAAAAUGUUCGUUUUACAAAGUGGGACGACUCAUUUCCAACAUCCAUGGCUUGCUGAUGUAAAAAAAAACUAAAGUGUAAAUGUAAAAAAAUAUCGUGUUGCUGAAUUGAAAAGUGCCAUGUAAAUCAUUAAUGUCAUUUUUAAUCAUUAAUACAUCGUCAGAGUAACUGUGGUGCAGAUUACAGUGCUAUUGUGAUGCUGUUUCCUGUGUGUGCAUUAAGAACAAAGCUGGAAUCAGGAUGCUGUUUGCCACGGUUCAGAAUUAACAUUAAAAGCCAAAAUGCAGGUAAAUUUUGAGUUUGGCUGAAAAAAAAAUUGGGGUUAUCGGCGAGAUGUCCGGUAAAUGAUUUAGGGACAGAUUUACAUCACUUUAUGUUUUUUAUACGUAGCGGCUGGGACUUAUAUGACCCUCACUGUCCACCGUAUCAAAUCAAAGCAGCUCACAAUGCUCUAGCGCAGUGGUUCCCAACCUUUUUUCCUUAAGGAACCCC